AUGUCAUCAUUGGUUAAACUUUUGAAGCAGAAGAAUAAUCUAUUCAGACCAGCAGUAUUAAAUGUGCAGAAUAAUUAUUUGGAUGAACACUGUAUCAUUGUUGAUGAGAAUGAUAAACCUUUGCGAUCUGAAUCCAAACGGUUUUGUCACUCAGCCAAAACAUUAACCCUGCAUCGUGCGUUUAGCGUUUUUCUCUUUACGGAAAACCACGAAAUGAUCCUGCAGAAGCGUGCUGUUCAGAAAUUGACAUUUCCAUCAGUGUGGACAAAUGCGUGUUGUAGUCAUCCGUUGUGGAACGAAGAUGAAAUGUGCACUGAUGAGAAUAAUGUUGGAAUUCGGCGGGCUGCCAGAAGGAAACUUAAUCAUGAAUUAGGCAUUCAGUCUGUUGAUAUUGAUCAGAUGAAGGUCAUGGGUCGUUUUUUAUAUAAAGCAAUGCAUGAUGACAAUUGGGGCGAACAUGAGAUUGACUAUGUUAUUAUUCUACGUGGUUGUAAUGUCAAACAAAUUAGACCAAAUCCGGAAGAAGUUGAAGCAGUAGCUAUUGUUUCAUCAAUGGAGGAGCUCACUGAAAUCUUGAAAAGUAGUGAGGCCUCAUUCUCUCCAUGGUUCAAUUUGAUUGUUCGAAACAAUUUUUUGCAGACAUGGUGGCAUGAACUGGAUCGUUUGGAUGGGUUAAAAGAUUUUAAAACGAUACAUCGACUAAAUUGA